AUGGUCUUUGCAGGAAUGCCUUAUAUGCGGCGGCAUCGGCGGCAGCGGCGUUAUCGGCGGCGGAAGCGGCGUCAGCGGCGGAAGCGGCGUCAGCGGCGGCAGCGGCGUAAGCCUCGGCAGCGGCGGCAGCGGCGGAAGCGGCGUCAGCGGCGGCAGCGGCGGAAGCGGCGGAAGCGGCGGCAGCGGCGCCAGCGGAGCCAGCGGCGUCAGCGCGUCAGCGUCCGUCAGCGGCGCAGCGGCGGGCGCGGCGUCAGGGACGCCAGCGGCGCCAGCGGCGCCAGCGGCGACAGCGGCGACAGCGGCGACAGCGGCGACAGCGGCGACAGCGGCGACAGCGGCGACAGCGGCGCAGCGGCUGCAGCGGCUGUAGUGGCGGCAGCGGCGCCAGCGGCGCCAGCGGCGCCAGCGCGGCAGCGGCGGCAGCGGCAGCAGCGCGCUAGCGGCGCGAGCGGCGGUAGCGGCGGCAGCGGCGAUAGCGGCGGCAGCGGCGACAGCGGUCGGCAGCGGCGACAGCGGCGGCAGCGGCGACAGCGGCGGCAGCGGGGGCGGCAGUGGCGGCAGCGGCGGCAGCGGCAGCAACCGCGGGGGCGGCGGGGGGGGCAGCGUCGCAGCGGCGGCAGCGGCG